AUGCCGGUGCCAAGAAAAAAACCUGCUGCGGUUUUCAAAAUCUUAUUAAUCGGUGAUAGUGCUGUUGGAAAGACAAGUUUAAUGUUUCGAUAUCAUGAGGAUAAAUUUAUUGAAAAAUUUACUCCAACAAUUGGAAUGGAUUUUGUAUUCAAAAACAUAACUAUACAAGGUCAAGAGAUUUCUCUACAGCUUUGGGAUACAGCUGGUCAAGAAAGAUUCCUUAAUAUAACAAAAAACUAUUAUCGUAAUGCUGAUGCAGUUGUCCUUGUUUAUGAUCGUACAGUGUCAAGUUCAUUCAAAAAUAUAUCUCGAUGGAUGAAAACUAUUGCUGACGAGGCUCCUGAAGAUAUUUUAAAAGUAUUAGUUGCAAAUAAAAGUGAUCUUCAUCGUCUUCUUGUUGUAGCAACUGAAGAAGGAAAAGAUCUAGCCAAACAAUAUGGUAUUAAUUUUUUUGAAACAAGUGCCAAAUUAGAUAUAAAUAAUGUUGCAGAGAUAUUUGAUUAUAUAGCUCACGAAUUAUUUGAAAGAAAAAAACCAAGACCUGUAUCUGGAUCUGGACCUAUAAUACUUGACGAUCAAAGUCAGAAAAGUUUUUUCUCUUGUUGUUAA